AUGUCGACGACCUCCUCCUCCUCGAGCAAACAGCAUGCUCGCCAUAGUGCCAACUUCACAAAGAGCCGCCCAGCUCCGAUGCCCAGCUCUCCCUUGAAGAGAUCUCACAGUGAGCAGGUCAUCGAGGAAGACAAUCCUUUGGCCGUUUCCGACCGUCCCUGGAUCGAACGCCCUCGAGCCGCAUCUUCAUCCAGCCAGGCCGCAGAGAGAACUCCUGCAAGGUCUUUCUACGUCCGUUCUUUCCAUGGCCAGCUAGAUCCAGCUCAGUAUUCUUCUUCCGCUGGCCUCAGAGACCAGACUGCGGAGCUUGCUGCGUUUGCUCUUUCCGAUACUGCCUCCCACCUUGGAACCUCUCCCCCGACUUCCUCAGCUGCUUCCGAUGAUGGUUACCCUGAAGUCAUCGAGGAAGUUUCCGAACCAGUAACUCCAGCAGGUUCGGACCACGAGCAUCCUGGUGAUCCAACCGUCUCUGAGUUGACUGCAAUGAUACAAAGUUCUACGGGCCAAGAGGAGGAAGACCGUCACCAAUACCCGAACGGUAUCGACAAGGCAGCACCCCAUCGUCCAGCGUCGUCGAGCAGGCCGGAGGCUAGUCAGCCAGAUGAGUAUACAGCCCUCAUUGGUAACCGGCGGGUAGACUCCACAAAGUAUGGCCAUUAUGCGGACGUUGAGCGGCAGUUUGACUCGGACAAGGGUGGUAUUAUCCAGAAAUGCAAAGCCUCUGCGAGAAGAGUGCGGUCAUGCUGUUACACACUCUCACACCCCAAGACGUGGAGUGCCCGUGCCAUAUACCGGGAAGCCAUCGUCCACCCCGUCAGUCUGCUUCCAGCCGUGUUUCUAGGGUUGCUCCUAAACAUCCUUGAUGCUCUCUCCUACGGCAUGAUCUUGUUUCCUUUGGGAAACGAAAUUUUCGAAGGUCUUGGAUCGGACGGGAUUGCCAUGUUCUAUGUCAGCACUAUUGUAGCCCAGGUCGUCUAUUCUUCUGGUGGCUCAAUCUUCAGAGGCGGCAUUGGGUCCGAAAUGAUUGAGGUUGUCCCCUUUUUCCAUAAGAUGGCCUUUACGAUCCUCCAGAAGGUUGGGGAUCAGAACCCCAAGGCUGUCCUUGCCACCACGAUACUGUCCUUCGCCAUCAGUUCUGUCCUGACUGGAGUGGUGUUCUUCCUCAUGGGAGCUUGCAAGCUAGGGUCGUUGAUUGGUUUUUUCCCGCGUCACAUUCUUAUUGGCUGCAUUGGAGGCGUUGGCUGGUUCCUUGUUGCUACCGGCAUCGAAGUAUCCGCUCGGUUGCCUGGUAAUCUGGAGUACAACCUUGACACCCUCAAACAGCUGUUCCGGAGUGACACAAUCGCCUUGUGGACCGUCCCAUUAUUGCUGGCCAUCACUUUACUCAUUGUACAACGCUUUGUGAAAUCAAACCUGCUGGUUGGCGGCUACUUCCUCUCGGUCGCUGCAAUUUUCUACUUCUUCAAGUCCGCAUUGGGCAUUUCAAUGGACACGCUGCACACUGGAGGCUGGGUUUUUGAUCCACCUCCGGCCGGAAACCCCUGGUACCAUUUCUACACGCUGUACGACUUCAACGCGGUCCAUUGGGGAGCUCUCGCGGAUACCAUCCCGGCCAUGUUUGCUCUGACUUUUUUCGGCAUCCUGCAUGUCCCGAUCAACGUGCCCGCUCUGGGUAUCUCUACUGGCGAGGAUAACCUGAGCGUCGAUCGUGAGCUGGUUGCGCACGGUAUCUCGAAUUGCGUCAGUGGUCUCUUCGGAAGUGUGCAAAACUAUCUUGUGUAUACCAACAGUCUUCUCUUCAUGGACAGUGGUGGCAAUGACCGUCUCGCAGGACUCCUGUUGGCAGCCUGCACCGUCGGCAUUCUCUUGGCUGGCCCGGCUAUUAUCGGUUUCAUCCCCAUUAUGGUUGUUGGAGCCCUGAUUUUUCUGCUGGGCAUAGAGUUGCUGGAUGAAGCUCUGGUCGGAACGUGGGGCAAAGUCCACAAGCUUGAAUAUGCCACCAUCCUGAUCAUUGUCGUCACGAUGGGGGUGUGGGAUUUCGUGAUUGGGAUCCUGGUUGGCAUUUUGCUUGCUGCUUUGAGUUUUGUUGUGCAGACGUCGCGAAGGACUGCCAUAAGAGCCACAUACUCCGGGCAAGUUGCCAAGUCUCUCGUCCGACGACCGCCAGUUCAGCUCAAAUUUCUCCGAGAGACCGGCAAACAGAUCUUUCUACUCAGACUGGCAGGGUAUCUGUUCUUUGGGACGAUUGUCGGGGUUGAGAAGCAAAUUCGAGCUCUUCUGGAGGAAGAUGCCUUUAGGGACCGUCCUCUGAGGUUCCUCAUCUUGGACAUGGCUCAGAUCAGCGGCAUUGAUUUCUCUGCCGCAGAGGCUUUCACCAGAAUCAACCGUCUUCUGCAGAAGCGCGGAGUCGAGCUUAUCGUGAGCAGCUUGGAUGUUGAUGGAGAGAUUGGACAAGCUCUUCGUAACGUGGGUCUGUUUGCAGCAGAUUCAAAUGUCGAGAUCUUCCCAGAUCUAAAUGUGGCACUGGAGCACUGCGAGAACGAAUUGUUGACCGCCCUGUAUCGCCAACAAGAGCAGCGUCGCCCAAGACGGAUAGGAGGGCACCUUGACGUGCCUCGAACUCGGCCUCAAGAGCUUUCGUCCUCGUACAAGGCAGAAUUCAUGGGCAGCUCCCCGAGACGAAAUCAUCUCCAUCAAGUUGCUCAGACUACUCUGGACGAGGACACGUCCAGCUUAGCCAAGUGGCAAUCUUUCAAGCAACCUCUCCCCUUGUUGCUGCAAAUCUUUGCGGAUCUCUCCGACAAGAAUGAGGAUUUUUGGUACCGUGCCAUGAAAUACUUUGAGAGGGUCGUAUACCCGAAAGGCUCUGUGUUGUUCAAGGUCGGAGAUCCUCCGAACGGCUUCUACAUGCUUGAAGAGGGCAUUCUGCGCUGCGAUUACGACUGGCCACAGGGCAGGUACUCGGAGCUGAUCGUGUCUGGGCGCCCAUGCGGGGAGCUGCCCUUUUUCUCUCAAACACCGCGGACUGCUACGAUGGUGGCAGAAAAAGACUGUGUUACUUGGAGACUAGAUGCCACGCGGUGGCAAGAUAUGCAGACACGAGAUCCGGAUGUGGCCCAAGAGUUUCUCGUGAUCAGUUUGAAGUUGACCAAGGAAAGGAUGGACACUGUAACUUCUUACGUUCUGACGACAGCGGGCUGA